CAUUGUUUGGCACGGGCCAAGAAGGCGUGAUUCCAAAACGGGCAGAAUCCCUCCACUGCACAGUCAAGACCACUCCGGCCAUGGCCUCGAUUUCGUCAAUGGAGACGGUCACUCCUCACCCACCGUUGUCGUCGCCUCCCUCGCCGACAGAAGAGGAAGAUCUCACUCGUCUGCGUCCUUGGGAUGAGUCUUCUCGUACAGACAAACGACGAAAAGGCAAAGAGCGAGCAGUGGAUGAUAUCGAGUACUCUGACGUCGUGGAAGACUCUGCAAGCUCAGAUACAGAUCAGCCAAUAGCAUCUGGCUCAUCUUACCCGCCGAUGCACGAGGACGAAUCCGACACAAAGCGUGUCGAAGAGACCCUGCGGCGCUGGGAGGUUGCUGAGCGACAGCGACGGAAGGCUGCACGAGAGGCAACGACGCGCGAGGCUCCAAGUAACCAAGCACCUUCGUCAUUGGUCGAUGGCGUCAGUCGACGUGCCAGUUUGUUGUGGACAGCGACCAAGUCAAGCUCCAAAUACCCUCCUCAUCACCAUUCUGUACUCAAAUCCCAAGAUUCCAUUGAUUCCGUACCGCUAGAAACUCUUUCUCCCGUUCCAGAUUCUUCUCCGUCCAACAGCCGUACUCCAUCCACAGAAAAUCCUUUUGAAACCCCUGCAGAAGCAGUGUCACCAUUUGCAGACUCGCACCAGAUGCAAGAGCUUUCGGACGUUGACCCACAAACCGCUAAAUUGUCUGAUAGACGUCAUCCACCGCCAAGGCCCCUCGAUCUGCCUCCUCCACGUUCCCCGCCGCCCGUUGGCGAACCCCCGCAUGCAACGAGGUCACCUCAAAUAAACUUGACUCCCAGCGAACGCGAGGACAUCGCUCAGCAAGAAGCACCCCCAGACGGACGGUGGUGGCAUGAGUGGUUGUGCGGUUGCGGCGAGGAUAGAGGAAGUUCCACGAUCCAGGGUGGAAGGACGAAUCCGUUUGAGUAAAUCACAGUUUCUCAUAGCUCUUUAUAUUCUUUCGUCGUGUGGGACUUAUGAUUCACGUUCUUGACAUACUGUAUCAAACCGGACAGCAUAAUUUCAUCACUUG